GAGAACACAGCAUUUUUUUAGGGGGGGUGGGUGGAGGGAUGGCCACCCAUCAGCAAGGUUACGACCACACGCCCGACUACCCGUUCCUGGACCCACGAUUCUCUCCAUCGGCAUCGGCAGCGGCUGCCAGCGACGCCGCGAGGUCCACGGAGGAGACGGAGGAGGAGACGGAGGAAGACGAAGCGCCCGGAGUCAACGGUGUGGCGCGUGAGAAGCGACGGAAGGAGAGGGAUCUGCUGGUGGACGAGAAGGACCACGCGGACCGCACGCAAAGGAGCGGCACCCACUGCUGCAGGGACGCGCUCGGCAGCAUCGUCAAGUUUUUCCGACCGGUGUACCGAUGCGUACGUCACCUGAUCCUGAGGUUCGGGGAGGAUUGGAUAUUCCUCUUCAUCCUCGGCAUCUCCAUGGCCACCAUCAGCUACUGCCUGGACGUGGUCAUCGGGCGAUUCCAGCGAAUCAACCUGCACGUCUACGACUCGCUGGAGAACUACCGGGUGCUGCAGUACUUAUCGUGGGUGCUCUACCACGUCAUCCUCAUGGUGGGGUCGGCCGGAGUGGCGCAGCUCAUCUCGCAGCAGGCGAUCGGCUCGGGUAUCCCCGAGAUCAAAGUGUCACUGCGCGGCGUCGUGCUGGAGGAGUUCUUCACCCUCAAGACGAUGGUGGCAAAGCUCAUCGGCAUCACGUGCACGCUCGCCGCGGGCAGCACCAUCUUCCUGGGCAAAGUGGGACCCUUUGUACACAUGAGCUGCAUCCUCGCCACACAGUUUGGCCGACUUCUCGUGAAAUUUGCUGGGAAGAAGGAGAACGAGGGCCGCAAGUACGAGAUGAUCGUGGCUGGGGCAGCGGUGGGGGUGGCUUGCUGCUUCGUGGCCCCAGUAGGAGGAGUGCUGUUCAGCGUGGAGACCACGGCCACUCACUUCGCCGUGCGCAAUUACUGGCGCGGGUUCUUUGCUGCCACGUGUGCUGCCCUCAUGUUCCGCCUGCUCGCCAUCACCAACGGAGAGAAAGAGACGGUGGCUGUACUGUUCACCACCAGCUACCAGGUGGAGUUUCCUUUCGACCUGCCCGAGUACUUCUCCUUUGCCAUCCUCGGGGUUCUGUGUGGCUGCCUUUGCUGUGUCUAUUUAUUUUGCCACCGGAACCUGCUCAUCUUCAUGAUGAACAACAAGAUCAUCUCCAAGUUCAUGGCCAAUAACAAGGUGCUGUACUCGGGCGUGUUGACGCUCAUCCUGGCCAGCAUCACCUUCCCCCACGGCUUCGGGCAAUACAUCGGAUCGCGGCUGACCAUGAAGGAGCACCUGGCGACCUUUUUCGACAACCGCACGUGGGGCAUCGACAGCGUGAACCUGAGCAACGUGACCCUGCAGCCUCCGAACCCCACGUAUCACGACCAGUGGCUGCAGUGGACGCACACGGGUCUCACCUCGCUCCACAUGCUCGCCAUGUUCGCCGUGUUCAAGUUUUUCAUGCUGAUCCUCGCCACCACAUUGCCUGUUCCCGCUGGUUAUUUCCUGCCCGUGUUUGUGUACGGUGCCGGACUCGGGCGGCUCUAUGGAGAGCUCAUGGCCAAGAUGUUCCCGGAUGGCAUCAUCGCCGAAGGAGUCACCAUUCUGAUCCACCCAUCCGCCUAUGCGCUGGCAGGCGCGGCGGCGUACUCGGGGGCGGUGACGCACACGCUCUCGACGGCCGUGCUCGUGUUCGAGCUGAGCGGGCAGAUGUCGCACAUCCUGCCCGUGCUCAUCGCGGUGCUCAUCGCCAACGCCAUCAGCCAGCGGCUGCAGCCGUCCUUCUUCGACGGCAUCAUCAUCGUCAAGAAGCUGCCCUUCAUGCCCAUGCUCGCCAUGGGCAAGACGGAAUCUCACGACGUCAUGGCUGAGGACUUCAUGACGACCGACGUGAAGUACGUAACGAAGGAGAGCACCUACAAGGACGUGAAAGACCUGCUGAUGAAAACCAAAAUCCGCGUCUUCCCCCUGGUCGACUCGAACGAGUCGCGCGUGCUGCUGGGCUCCAUCAAGCGCAUGGAGCUCAUCCGCCUGGUGGGCGACCAGCUGAGCUCAGAGCGCCGGCUGGAGCACCUGCGGCGGCGGCUGCUGGCGGAGCACGCGAGCGGCGAGGAGCAGCCCCACGACUACCUGCACGAGGUCCUCUACCCUUGCCCGUCCAAGCGAGGACGUCCGCCACGGAGGCGGAGCGAUCUUUUGCCUGGCAAAAUUAGGAUGCCAAGGUACAUGUUGGAGGACAGGAGUGGCUCAAAGAAGAGAUCAAUGGUUCUCCUCAGUGGCGAGGACAUCAUUCCAAGGCCCAGCAACCAGUUUGAAUCGAAGAAAGUGAAACUCCUAUUGGGGGAUGGACACGCUAUCUUGGAAAGCAUGACAGAUGAAGAGAUCGAAGAGUGGGAACGGCAGCAGCUGGAGCAGGUCAUCUGUCUCGACGGGGUCACCAUAAACCCCGCUCCGUACCGGAUCAUCCAAACCGCCUCCUUGCACAAGGUGUACGACCUCUUUAAUCUUCUGGGCCUGAGGAUCUGCUACGUGACGGCACUCGGAAAACUGGUGGGCGUUGUGUCCCUGAAGGAGCUGAAGCAGGCCGUGGGGGCGACGGUGAAGGGGAACUUCGUGAGGACUGUGCGACAGAACAGCAAGGUGGACCAACCGCCGGCUCAGAUGCCUGGCGCCGACGGGGCAGGCGGAGCAUCGCAGGACAGCGACGACAUCUCUCCGGAGCCAGAAACGCGGCACCGGAGAGUCUCCUUCCAAGGCUCGUCGGUGUAGACGGUUGUUCCGACGACGGUUUGCACUGACGGACGAUGCCACGGCUUCGCUUUGUAGGAACGACGCGAGCUGUGGAGUCCCUUGAUGAUGCUGCGGGGGGCACCAAUCUGGCCGAGUCCGUAAACACUUUGACGCCGGCAAGCGAGUGGUUUACCAUCGGGCGUCUAAGCUUCUUCCAUUCCUCCCGUGGCUGCCAAUGAACGAUGGAUAGACGCCCGUCGAUCUCUCGAUGCUAGUAGUGCUGCUUGGUGCAACAGUCGGUGAAGUUGGGGGCGGUGGGGGGUGAGGUGGGGGGGGGGUGGAGAAUCGCCUUGCAUGUUUUUUGUUUUUCGUUUGCGAGAUAGCGUAGGUUCGUAGGCGUGGCGAGCGAGCGCAAAGUUGCACCUGCAAAUAUAUUUCUGGGCUACGUUGCACGCAAGCCUCCUGCAGCCCAGUCCAAUUUAUAAGCUAGGGGUGAGUAUAGUUUGAGGAGGCAGUGCCGUCCUGCUAAAUUGUUCGCCCAUACCAAGCAGCCCAAGUCACUUAGGAGCAGACAGUGAUUUAAAAAAUAGUUUUUACACGUCUGUGUAACUGUUCCAUUUACAUCCAUUGUGUGUUGUUGUUGAGCAUUCAAUCAAAUAAUUAAACCGUCAUUCUUCUGUCCGCAUAAAAAUCAAAUGUUUAGUCCAUCAGCUAACGGUUUUGGAAUGGUGGCACAGUGGUUAGCGCACUGUGCUAUGAACCCCGGUGAACCUAAGUUUGAUUUCUGGUCUCGGCUGACAUUUAGCGAUUGGGCUCCACACUUCCUUCACCAACCUGCACUCUAGCCGCGCGGUGAAGUACGGUCAAACAACCCCCAUGACUGAUCCAGUGGAUUGAAUAAGGACUGUGAAUUGCUAUAUAUUUUUUUGGUAUUAUAAUUAAUCAGUCUAUGGGCUUUCUAAACCAUUAUGAAUCCAGGUGAGGCCCAAAAAGUUCAAAACUUGUCCACAGUUUUCUUGUUGAAACACAUGCUGCUGGAAAAUGUUGGUCUGAAAAGAACCCGUGCAGGUCGGUGGACUAACAAACAUGUAACUUACAUGCGGAGCGACAAACGGGCUGUCCGCCAGUUGCGCCGCGUUUGCAUCCUUCAAAAAUCCACGUCGUAGUGGUCGUUAAGCAACGCGCAUUCACUCACAUCGGUAGCGUAACUCAGCAUGGGGGGCACAGGCUGCCUUGACUCGCCCCUGGUGUCCAAAGCUAAGAGUUGUGCCCCCCCCCCCCCCCCGACAGCCACCGUGAGAUAAGUUUUCGACAACAGUGUAAAAUAAGACGGAGCGCCCCUUACAGCAUUAAAAGGUUCGGGACCGUGAGCGUAACGAUGGUGUGACUAGGCAAGGGGAGCCGCGAUAAUUAACAGCCAAGGUUGCGACCGUGCGAGACAAAUCAAAUACCAGGGGCCCCACCUGACCGAAUGCCGAAUCCCCGUCAGCUGAUAACGUCGUUACUACGCCACUGGUUCAGAAACUGUCUCGCCAAAUAGGGCUCCACGCCUUGCUGAGCAGGUCCGCCGGUGACAUGGGGUGCGAUUAAAAGCACGCGUUUGGGUUUCGUCCUCUGCUCUGCUGCGGUGGGUUUUUUUUAUUUUUAGGGGAAGCUGAUGUCACCGUUGUGUUGUGUAAACGACGUGGGCAAAGGAAGGGAUCAUUUUUCAUCUCUUGUACUUUAAAUAUAUAUGCCCGCGCUCGAAGGGUGAGUUAAGUGACCCGAUACUUUAUUCGGAAAGGGGUAGGGGGG